AUGCAGUCUUUCAUAUAUUUUCUUCCAUUUUAUAAUUUAUUCUUUGAUUCUUCUUUUAUAUUUUACGGGUUACCAUCUUGUAAUCCCCCUACACUAUCUCUAUCUCUCUCUUUAUCUGCCCCCCUCUUUCAGAUUUCUUCUUCUUACAACUUUCUUUCGUUUUUAUUUGUUUUUCUGUUCUUUCGUUUUUUCUUUCUUUUUUCCUUCCGUUGGUCCUUCCUUUCUUUCUUUUAUCUUCUAUCUUUCCUCAUAAUCUUCCCUUUCUUUCUUUCUUUCUUUCUUUCUUUCUUUCACUUAACCAAUUUUAUUAAUUCUUUCUUUCUUACCUUCUUUCUUUUAUCCUUGUCGUUAUUUCUUCUACAGCUUGAGGUCUUUUUUUUUCUGUGGAGAUCUCCUUUUUCACGGAUCUUUAUCGCAAAUUCUUCAUCGCUAAAGUGCCGCCAAAGAGACUCAGUUUCCUCAUUCAAACAGAACGGUGUAAAUAUGGCAGCAUACAUCAUUGCACAGACACAGUUUCACCAAUCUAUCUAUCUACUAUUUACCUCUCUCUCAUCUUUCCACUCUCUAUCUAUCUAUCUAUCUAUCUAUCUAAUCUAA